UAGACACACUCCUUCACUCAGUCACUCUCCCCUAACCAGUGACGUCCACCACUGUAAACAUUUGCUGCCUGCCAGACCCCCCCUCCUCUCAGUCACGAUGACCCGCACCCUCUGCUUGAGCUUCCUCCUCCUCCUGCUGUCCCUCUCCUCCUGUCCCGCUCACGCCGAACCACGGAGGAGCGCGUCCUCUCAGCGCAGGGCGGCUCGCGCACCGGCCGCCAAGGUGCGUUUGGCGGGCAACUAUGCGCGAGGACCGAACGAAGGGCGCGUGGAGGUGCUGCACAACAACACCUGGGGGACCGUCUGCGAUGAUGAAGUGGACAUCAAAAUGGCCAACGUGGUGUGCCGAGAGCUGGGCUUCCAGGGUGGUAUAACGUGGGCACACAGCGCCAAGUAUGGAGAGGGAGAGGGUCCAAUAUGGAUGGAUAAUGUACGUUGUGAUGGCUCAGAGAAGUCCUUGACGGACUGCAAACACAACGGUUGGGGGGUGAAUGACUGUAAACACUCUGAAGACUUGGGGGUGGUGUGCACUCCUGAGCGCAGGCUGGAUCUGUCAGCCAGCAGAGGCCACACCACCGCCGCCAGACCCAAUGGCAGCCCCGCACCUCAGUGGCAAGGUCCCGUGGUCUCCCGCGGGCAUCAAGGAUACGGGUAUUAUGGAAACGGACACCCACAAGAGAUCCCAAGGUUCCAAAGACACCACUACCAGGGUCGGACUAAGGUGCAAAUCGAAGAGGUCCGUCUUCGUCCCAUCCUCAUGGCUACCAAGAGAAAGAGCCUGAUCACAGAGGGUGUGGUGGAAGUGAAGCAUGCUGGUAGAUGGAGGCAGGUUUGUGACCUGGGUUGGAGUCUCAACAGCAGCCGGGUCGUGUGUGGGAUGCUCGGCUUCCCAGAGGCUACUAAGCACAAUGUCAAAACAUACAAGAAAAUAUGGGAUACCAAGGUUGCAGAUCCUUCAACAAGAUUGAGUGUCAUGUCAAAGAAGAAGGGAUUCUGGGUAGAAAAAGUUCACUGUCUGGGCAAUGAGAAUACCCUGUCUGAGUGCCUUGCUCAGCUGUCAAUCCCCCGUAGUCCCACCCCGUGUAAGAAUGGGAGACAUGCAGUAGUCAAGUGUGUACCAGGACCUCAGUUUGCUCGCAUCUCCUCAGGAAGACCCCAGGCCCCUCAUCCAGUUGUGCCUGUGCGUCUGAAGGCUGGCCCCAGGCUGGGUGAGGGUCGUGUGGAGGUGCUCCGAGACGGAAAAUGGGGGACCAUCGUAGACCACAUGUGGGAAAGAACUGCAGCCACCGUGGUGUGCAGAGAACUGGGCUUUGGUACUGCCAAGGAUGCCCUGCACGGCGCCUUUAUGGGUCAAGGUACAGGACCUAUUCAUAUGAACAGUGUCCAGUGUAUGGGGUCAGAGCGCUCCAUCCUAGACUGCUACUUCCAGGAAGUUCAACCGUGGACAUUCAAACACAGCCAGGAUGCCUCAGUACGCUGUAACGUCCCUAAGACUGGCAUAGAGAACGCGGUGCGGCUUGCUGGUGGUAGAGUCCCGUCAGAAGGCCGUGUGGAGGUGUUGAUUGAGGUUGGGGGUCGUAAGCGCUGGGGCUCUGUCUGUAGUGAGAACUGGGGCAUCAACGAGGCCAUGGUGGUAUGCAGACAGCUCGGCCUGGGCUUCGCUGCCAGUGCUCAUCAGGAGACCUGGUACUGGUCGGGUGACCCAAAUGCAGCUGAUGUGAUUCUCAGUGGCACUCACUGUGUGGGCACAGAGCUUUCAAUUCAACAGUGUCGUCGCAACAACCAUGUCCAUUGUCCUCGGGGAGGUGGAAAUAAGGCUGCGGGGGUCAGCUGUUCAGACACGGCACCUGACCUCGUUCUGGAUGCCCAGCUGGUCCAGGAAACAGCCUACCUAGAAGACCGACCCCUCCACUUGCUGACUUGUGCCAAUGAGGAGAACUGUCUGUCCUCGUCUGCUGCCAGGAUGAACUGGCCUUAUGGCCACCGACGCCUGCUGCGCUUCUCCUCCCGCAUUAUGAACCUGGGUCGGUCAGAUUUCAGACCCAAAGCAACAAGAGAGAGCUGGACAUGGCACCAGUGUCACAGGCACUAUCACAGCAUCGAGGUGUUCACACAUUACGACCUGCUGACUCUGAAUGGCACGAGGAUUGCAGAGGGACACAAGGCCAGUUUCUGUCUGGAGGACACGUACUGCCCCGAUGGACUCCAGAAGCGAUUCUCCUGCUAUAACAUGGGUGAUCAGGGCAUCUCUGUGGGCUGUUGGGAUACAUAUCGCCAUGAUAUCGACUGCCAGUGGAUUGACGUGACAGAUGUACGGCCAGGAGACUACAUCUUCCAGGUGGAAGUCAACCCCUCAAUGGACAUGGCUGAGUCUGACUUUAUGAACAAUGUCAUGAGAUGUCGGUGCAAAUAUGAUGGCCACAGAGCUUACAUGUAUGGAUGUCACGCAGGUGAUGCAUACAGUGCAGAGAUUGAAGACCUGUUUGAGCACCAGAGGCAAAUCACCAACAACUUUGUGUAGCCCAUCCCAGGGUCCAGUACGAAGACCUUCCAGUGGGGCCCAGAGACUACUCAGGAUGGGCUGAGGUCGAUGGCCCCAGGCCCUUGGGACCUUAGGACCCACAAUAACAGAGAACACACAGAACGGCACCUGUUCAUCUCCUUGGCAGAUGUGGAUACAAUAUUCAUAAGAUCAUCAUAACACAGCAGCAACCAUUGCAGGGACUCCAUUGACAACAAGAGUGGAACAGGUGCCAGACAGCUCAACAUGUUUUUUACUAGUUAAGUAAGAAGAUAUUGGAUAUUGAUUCAAAUUAUACUGAUUUUUGUGAUUGUGGACGACUAGUAACUUAAGUUAGUUAUUCAAAAUGUACACACAUGAAAGACCUUAAUGUCGCUAUAACUAAUCUGUCACAAAGACAACGGGGAAGCUGGUGCUGUUGGGAAAUCUCAUUCCCAAGCUAGAAGAUAUGAAAAUCUUUGAAGAAGAUGUUGACAUUAUUUCAACCAAAUUCUUUACUUAUUGAAUCAUUUGUAAUUGUUGCGCUUUUACAUUACUUCAAUAUUGGUGCUCUUUAACAAUACUGUAUGUCGUUAUAUUAACCUCACUACAUUUCAGGUGAAGAGUGUUGUACAAUGCAUUUUGGGUAGUUUUCUUUUACAGUUAUUUAGGUAUUUUAUUUUUGCUUUGGUUUUUAACAAAAUCAUUGUUUUAUAAAAGUCUAGUUGUGCUACGAAGUUUUGCUUCUCAUCUAGAGUAGGUAAGAAAUGGUCAAAUUAUUUUUAUGGAAUAAAGCACUUUAUCUUUUAAACAUCAGUAUUCUAGUUUUGCCCCCAUACUUUUUAAAUUAGCCACCAAAUUGACUUUUUAAGGUGUUUAUCUGAAAAAAUACUCAGUUGUGUUUUAAUUUUCAGAAAGUGAAAUAUAAGAUUUGUGUUUAAUUUUCAUAUACAAUGUACUAUUUAUGCUGUUACUUUAUUUAUUCAUGGACUUCACACAUAUACAGCAUGCUCAGUAAAGAGUUUGUUAGCAAGCUUUUAUUUAACAGUACUGAAUAUAUUUUUUAUUUUUCUGACGUAAUUAACCAGGGUGGAAAAACUGAUUUUAUACAGUAGUUGCAGGAUAUAGUAUUAGUAAGUUCCCAUGAUGCAAAUAAAUAAUAGUGGAUUUAUUUUAUUUUAGUUAUUAAAACAACUGUAACUGUACAGUUUUCUCUUCCAGCCUCUCUGCUGGGCGGGAGAACCGGCCUGACAAAACCACAGUAUUGUGGUAGGCAGGCAGGCUGGGUUUUGAGAGCAUAUAAAAAGCCUUUUAAUUAUGUCUGUUUGGGUUAGACUUAAGGUUACGGUUAAGGUUAGGGAUAUAGCAUGUGCUUUAUAAAGAAACACUAUGGAAUUGUUUCUUAUGGAAUCAGGGAAAGAGCAAGAAUCUGGAGUUCCAUCUUUACACAGAUUCUGACUUUCUGAGAGAUUUAGCGAGGGAGACGAUGAUUUAAAGAAAGAACGAGAAAGUAAGACAGAAAGAGAGAAAGGGAUUAAGUUUGGAGAAGGACUUACGCAGACAUACAGUUUUUACUACCAGCCUUUUUGUAGGCAGCCAUACAGAGACCACAAGUUGGCAUUUUCAGCUCCCCAACGAGAACAACAUGUUUGUCUGGGAGAAAAAAUAAACUCCUGAAUUCAUGCAUCAACACAGUAAACAGUGGCCUUAUUUUACUAAAGCUGGGCCCGCUAAAAUAUACUGUGUCUUUCUACACUUUCUUUGCUAACCUUGUAGCUCCACACCAAACAAUGAUGCAACUCCAUUUUCUUUACAACUUGGAACUUGUGUUAAUCUGUUAAUUGUGUUGUUGGACUCCAUUGAUGGGUUUGAUGUGUUUGGCUUAUUGUCUGAGUGGUUAAACUUGUUAAGGUGGUUUUUCUAAUGAACAGUUUCCAGGACACAUUGUGGAAAGGACACGUCACUCAUAAAGACAACUGUAGACUUCAUUAAUUUCUUUAACGGAUUAUCUUCCUCCUCACUGGGCCUUUAUGACUCCAUGAAUAAGGCUCAGGAAGAAUUUGUAGCUUUUUAGAAUAACCUUUUAUAGUCAGGCACACCUUGCCAAACACAGUCAGCCCUAUUACUAAAAACUGUUGGAGAAACAAAUGUUAGGACAAAAUGAGUGAUUGCUGAUGUGCUUGUCUGUUGUUUUGUGCUUGUGUACAGUUGCUAUUGACAUAUUACUAUGGUCUGUUCUGUGUGUUAUUUAAAAUUAUAUAUCAUUCCAUAGCUUAAGUUGGUUCACAUUUACCACUCUCAUUAUAUUACUGUAUUUGUACCCAUGGUGUAGACAUAGCACUGGGACUUUUUUUUCCCAUGGCCAGUUAUGCUUUUAUUUUGUCUUUAAAGCUGAGAGUGUGAGCUACGUGGUGCUUAUCUACAAUCACAUUCAUAGAACGCUGUGCUCUCAGGGACUUUGACCUCAUCUAAAGAGUAAAAAUAACAUGCCAUUUUGAUGUGAUUUAGGUUGCUUUUAGCUGUGAUGCAUACACGAUGACACCAAAUGAACUGGAAAUGUUUUUUGUCAGUACUCUUACAAAAAGUAAUCUGUACCCACAUGUUUAUUUUGCAGGUAAAAAAUUAAGGUAUAAAGGUGAUACGUUUUGUUAUGUUUUUCCUUGAGGAAAGUUAGGAUAACUAUGGAUAGACACUGGCUGAGUCAGAAGCAAAUUUCAGUUACAGAACAAUCCAUUCAUUCAUCAUUACUGUGAAUCAAUAAAACUUCAUCACAUACAAAGCUG